AUGCAUUCUAGUGCGUGGUGUGUGAUUGUUGCCACCUUACUGCUGUGUGACGUUGCCGCACCAGAUCCAGUGAUCGGCAGUGGAAGUGUCUUCUCGGCUACUAUCACGCGCGCUUUAGUGCCUCCGAAAAGGGAUGCGCUGCUGCUGGGCACCCGAUAUGGGCCAGUGCUGCCAGAAAUAAUAGUGAACCGUGCACCGACGUCCACCGUUCCACCGCAACGGGAUUCAGGUGACGCAGGGUCGGUGGGGUACAACUAUGAUGUGCCCGCAGCGGGAUAUCUUCCACCGGAGUCGGUUCCGUUCGCUGAUGAACCUCCUGCACCGAUUCCACCGUCGGUUGUGAACAACUACCUGCCUCCCGCGUCCCAAGACGAACCGUCCGCCGAUGAGCCAGUGUUUCCACUGUCCCCUCCGCAAGUCAUCGGGGACUAUCUGCCACCCAAUGAACCGCCGCAGCGAGAUGAAGUGUUUGUGGUACCCACGGCGACCCCGACCGUUCCCGGCUACAACUAUAACGCUCCAACGACGUCCACCUUCGCUCCGCUAGGCGAUGAAGGGUUCGACGACGGAAAUGACCCGGAUGGUGGAUAUCGGUAUGAUCCACCGGCCAACAUCUACAUUCCACCUUCUUCCGGCGGCGUAGGACGUUCGCUACGAGACGAUCCGACGAGCCUCAGAGCACCGAUAAGAUUGCAGCUGAACGAGCUCGCCUGUCUGCGCAACAGUGGCGGAUACUUCCGGGCGUCGCUGACCGUUCAAAGUGCGAUCGAAAGUGUCCCGCUGGUGGAUGUCGAGAACGAUGGCGGAGAUCUCAGUGGGUGCGAGGUGCGACUCGAUCAAUCGCGACUAUUGGUGGACAUUGCGUGGCCCGACUUUGGCCGCUGUGGAGUGAUACCGUGCGGCCAAACGCCUACCAGGGAGCUGUGUUUGCGGGUUCGCUUUCCCGCCAUUGCCGGCAUGCGAACGGCCGUCGAUCCGGUGCUAACGCUACAGUGUCGCAUACAGCAACGGAUCGUCGCCAGGACACACUCGGUACGGCUCGGUGUGGCGGAGGAUGUGCAAGCCCGUGCCGGAACCGGGACGGCUUUCGCUAUCGGUGGUUCCCAACGACCGUUCAGAUCGCAGCUGGGGAUCUUUCGACGAACGAAUGGUGGUGGUGGUGGUGCGUUUACCAGGGCUUUGCAGCCUGGAGGAGCGGUCAUGCUGGGGGAGGAAUUGAUGCUGCGGACGCAGGUAUCUGCAGGUGAUGGAUGGAACUUCACGAGACUCUCCGAGGUAGUCAUGCAACGGCUUUCACCCACCGGAACCGUACUCAACUCGGCCUCGCUCGUGAACACCAACGGAUGUUUGAACCCACUGAUGCGUGCCAUCAGUCCCGUGGCGCCAGUGUUUGAGGCUCCGCUUGGGUAUCGGUUAGGGUUUCGGGCGGCCAUGUUCCAGGGAAUGCGAAGCGGCGAUGAGAUGGUGCUGCGCGUACGGAUUGUGGGAUGUGUCGAUCGACGGGAGUGUCUAGUGGACAAUUGCCAAACAACUGCCCGUUCCAAACGAGACACCGAAAAUCCCGCCACCGAAGGACACGAAGCGAAUGGGACGACUCCAGCUUCCACUACCACCACUACGACACCAUCACCUCCACUGGCCGAAACAGCAUCGAUCGCCUUCCGUAUUAUGCUCCCGCCCGAAGACGCUGCCUCUGCCGACCCUCAGGAUAAUCCAACCGCUGGCACGUCCCACUCACUGCUCUGGAUCACCCUCGGCACGACGUCCACGAUCGUGCUGAUCGUCGUCGGUGUGGUAGCGCUGGUGCUACUCACAUUGCGCCACAAACGUCGUCCCAAUUACGAUGAGUAUCGAACGGAUUAG